AUGAUAGAAGACUCUGCCUAUAUAAACCAUAAAUAUCUCGUUCCCAGUACAUACGAUCACAGGGUGUGGAGAACAGGGCUUCCCGUCCGCUCAGCCGUACUUAAGCCACAUAUUGUACAAGGCCAAUUCUCAAAGCGCCCUCGAUACUGCUGCCGUCCUAAAACAGCGAUGCAAUGGGUCCUAGGGGCCGCUUAA